AUGAACACAACCUCCUGCUCUUUACGUUUCACUCUGAGGAACCAACCGGACCCUCCCCUACCCUCUCCCCCCUCCCCCUCUCUCUCCCCCCUCCCCUCUCUCUCCCCCCUCCCCCCUCCCUCUCUCCCCCCUCCCCCUCUCUCUCCCCCCUCCCCUCCCCUCUCCCCUCUCCCCUCCCCCCUCCCUCUCUCCCCCCCCCCCCCCCCUCCCUCCCCCCCAGAUGAGAAACCUGGAGCUGAGGCCACAGCAGGAGCUAAGACCAGUACCAUGAAAGAGCCUCACCCGUCUCCCCCGUCCCACCAUAAGCUGCGCGAGGCGCUGAAGCUGCAGCUGUCUGUGAUCCGGGAGCGGGUGGAGGCCAAGAGACUGGCCCGCAUGGCCCUGACCCAAGUCCGGCUGCUCCUGGAGGAGGAGCAGGAGCAGAGAGCCGUGGAGCUGGGGCGGGCCAACAUGUCCGAGCGGGUCAUGGAGCGGGUCGCACGGAGGCUGAGGCGCGAGGAGGAGCGCAUGGAGGAGGAGGAGGUGCAGAAAGCCCUGAAGAAGAGGAGAGAGGAGGAGGUGCAGAAAGCCCUGGAGAAAAGGAGAGAGGAGGAGGUGCAGAAAGCCCUGGAGAAAAGGAGAGAGGAGGAGGUGCAGAAAGCCCUGGAGAAAAGGAGAGAGGAGGAGGUGCAGAAAGCCCUGGAGAAAAGGAGAGAGGAGGAGAGAAACCAGACCCAAGGGGAGAACCUGAAGACCAGAGGGGAGGAGGAGAAGCCAGAGAGGAGGUCCGAGGGGAGAGCGAAGGAGCGACCCAAGAGGAGCCGAGCUGAGAAGAGCUAG